CAUCCACACCCCCCCCCCGGCGGAACCCAGAUCCCGCAACCGCCGGACUCGUUCGAUUCAACUGUCAGCCCCGAUCCACCAUCUUUGACUGAUUAACGACCAUGGUUCGGACCAAUUAAGACCCAGGAGGAGAUGAACGUGAGCCAUGGGUCGGUUCACCCAGUUGAAGAUGUACCCACCACAGAUGGGGCCGGCCCGAACCCGCUCCGGGUCCGAAUGAAGGAUCUUCCGGGCAUGCCCGGCACUCCGGGUGGCCUCGUCUUGCGCCUCGCCCAGUUUUUCUUCUCCGCCGCCGCGCUCGUCGUCAUGGCCACCACCUCUGACUUCCCCUCCGUCACCGCGUUUUGCUACCUUGUUGCAGCUACUGGUUUGCAGUGCUUGUGGAGCUUGUCGUUGGGCAUUGUUGACGUUUAUGCCCUUCUAGUAAGGCGUUCUUUGCAGAACCAUGGAGUUGUGUGCUUGUUCACCCUCGGCGAUGGGGUGACCUCCACUCUUACAUUUGCUGCUGCUUGUGCUUCUGCGGGCAUCACAGUUCUCAUUGACAAUGAUCUUGAUGGCUGUGCCCGCAACCAUUGUGCACAAUUUGAAACAGCUACAGCCAUGGCUUUCAUAUCCUGGUUCGCUGCAUUACCAUCUUUUCUCUUGAAUUUCUGGUCACUGGCAUCUCGAUGAAUGCAUGUAUAAUGAAAAAACACUCGAGAAGAGAAUGAUGACACGAGCCAUGUUUGAAUGCUAGCGAAGCUUAUUGUGUUUUGCAUGAUUUUUCUUGCCACUGCAAUCUGCUUUAGAGUGAAACUUGUACUUUUGUGUGUAUAGUUGCUGUGACAUCAAAUAUUCGUGGUCGUGAAUGUGGGUUGGUUAGUUAUCUUGUCAACUAAACAUUUACAUGUAGUGUGAAGAGAUGUAUGUUUUCAUGUUAUAAUAGAUUCUAUUCUGCCUCA